CGUGUACACAAACUUGGGUUUAAGGGUCACAUUAAAAAGUCCGAAAGAUUUCCUAGAAGUUAACGCCUAAACAAACAUCCCUCUGCUCACUUCACUUCUUGUCUCUUCUCAGCUUCUUCACAAUGUCACAAGCUCUGAAAAUUCCCACAUGGCCCACACAAGUCACGCUCUCACACACACGCGCCACCACUUUGUCACCUGCCCUUUACAGACCACCCACCAAUUUUCACCGCCCGAGUCAGCUCAGGCUGCCACGUGUCCGGCCAGUCCCAGCUCCGGUGAGAAGCAAUCAUGGUGUUGUUGCAGCGUUUGAUGUGAAAGGUGGCAAAGGAAUGGGUGACUUUCAUGAGAUUGAACUUAAGGUCCGUGAUUAUGAAUUGGAUCAAUAUGGAGUUGUCAACAAUGCUGUUUAUGCAAGUUAUUGCCAACAUGGUCGUCAUGAACUAUUGGAGAGGAUUGGUGUUAAUGCUGAUGAAGUUGCUCAAAAGGGUGAUGCUUUAGCACUAACUGAGCUCUCUCUCAAAUUCCUUGCACCCUUAAGAAGUGGAGACAGAUUUGUUGUGAAGGUGAGGGUACCCGACUCUUCUGCUGCUCGACUUUACUUUGAACAUUUAAUCUUCAAGUUGCCGGAUCAAGAGCCAAUUUUGGAAGCGAGGGCAACAGCAGUUUGGCUUGACAAAAAUUAUCGACCAGUACGUAUUCCCCCGGAGUGAACGUCAAUUGUGUUUCCUCCCCUGUCCGAAGUAAAUCCUACAUGAAGCGGCUGCAUGUACAAGUGACAUCAUGUUAUGAUAGCCUUGUUACGUGCUCGUCAGGAUACAAGUGUGGAAGAAAGACAAGUUAUCGGAUUAAAGUGCAUACCUGAUGAAUAUCUCCGAUGAAGUGAGAGAGAAAGAGAAGAGCUUCCGUUAGAUUGUCUGUUGGCAAGAGAGAUUAUUGGUCAUGUAGCCUAUGUACUGGAAGUAUCUAUAAUGAAGCUUUUCGAGGCUUUUUUGAGUUUUCCUUACACUGAGAAGCAGCAGCAUUGCUGUAAGUGAGUAGCUGGUUGGUGUAAUUGUUGAUUGCCCCUGCUACACACCUUCCGCUCACGCCUUCUUCAUCUUUGCAGUCCCCUGGAAAGCAUCACCGAGACAUAAGGUUAUAUACUUAACUCUGUAGAUGAUCGAGAUCAUGUACACAGACUACUUAGGAUCACUACAAGAGAUGAAAAUGGUGAAAGGGAACGUAUUGCGCUUAA